AGUUCACUUUUGUGACUCGGCGCGUGAAGAAUAUAAUUUUCAACUGCUGACCAAGAAAAACGAAAUUUCUAUAAAAAAAACUAAAUUAUGGUACAUUGCUUUCAACCGUAUCAAAGUGUAGUAGAAAAGUGAAAAAAGCAUUUGUUGCUGCUGAUGCGCAAUUGUUCUUGCCCUCUGCUGUACUGCCAAAAACAAAGUUAUAAACAAAACACAAAAUUUCAAAACGCCAUCGUAUAUCCAUCGAAAUAUUUUUCAUGUACCACGGAAAUGUACCCAUAUUACAUUAUUCCUGAUAUCAAUUCAUGGUGAAAAUAAAUUUUUAGGCAAAAAACAAUCACAAAUUGUAAUGUUCUUCUUUGCUCACGUUGAAAAAAACCCCACUUCAUCCCACCAGCAAUCAAAGGCAAUUACCGGGGAAUCAUUGAAUUGCAUUAAAAUUAUUUGCCUACGUAAACGAUGAUUAAUAUGAUAAUGAUGGGUGAGUGGGUAAGUAAAAGUAGGUGAAUGCGGGCAGGAGGAGGGACAACGAGGGACAAUAAAUGGCUGGGCAAUAUCGCAACAACAAAUAGACGAAUGUACAUAUACAUAUGUACCUACAUAUAUACAUACCCAUACACGAAUGCAGUUCUUUUCGAUACAUAAACAUACAUUUUUAGGUUGAGAAUAGCACAAUGAUUGCAAUUAAAAAUUUUCCUGCUUUCAUUCAUACAUAAAGAAGCAGAAUAAUUAUCAAAAUAAUAUAGAAAACGUACGUCUGGAACUGUAAAACCGUCCGAACGAACUUUAAUACGUAUAGAACAACAAAGCAAAAACAAUACAAUUUUUUAUUUGAACAUUAUUAAUAAGCGCAAUCAUAAAACUUGAAAUUAAAUUGUGGUUUUCUUACGGAUUUAAAAAAGUUACCAAGCAAUUAAGUGCGUUAAUUGAAAGGUCAACGCGGAAUUGGUACAAUAACAACGGCAGCAGUUGCAACGGUUAGCAAGUGCUUGCACUGAGUAAUAGCAGCAACACCACAUACACACAAACUAACGGUAAAUUAAAGCAGCUGCGAAAACCAUAUUCAGAGAAAUGCCGUUCUAUUCACGCGACUGGCGUUCCCCCGGUGAGGCUUGGGUCAAAACCGAUGAAGGUUGGGUGUGCAAAAAGGUGCUCGAAUGCGGCAAGCGAAAGAGACUUUCAUCCAAUUCGGACGAUGGCUUUGACGAUGAUUCCGAUGAGGUUAUCGUGCCGCCACACUGCCACAUAACGGUACGUUGUACACGCGAAAUAGCCGGUUUCAACGGACUUGGCGAAGUUGUGCGACGUCUAGACUUUCGCACAUCAUUACGUAAUCACAAACGCUUCCAUUAUAUUUGUGCGCUGCUGCGAUUGUUGGUAUCUCACAAGGGUAUCGUCAACUUGUCUGGCAGCGCACAGCGGGUGCUGAUGCAAAUUGUUGAAGAUGUGGCCACACAUGUCAAUGACAGCCAACAGCAUUUGAAUGUGCUCCGCGGUUUGGUCAUACAACUGCAAGAGAUCGUGUUUCAGGAGAGCCAGAAAUGUUGGGGAAAACCCCUGGGCAGCACCAAUCUGUGGCAGGAGCAUAUCGAGACUAUAAAACGCAUACAAAAUGUCGCUAGUCAACUUGAAAUUAAAGAGCCUGGUCCUGAAAUACGUCCAAAACUGCACGACCUUCCUGAGGAGUGCAUACGUGAGAUUAUCUUGCGCAUAGCUGAUCACAAAGAUCUCGAAGCCUCCGCAAACGCCUGGCCCACCAUGGCAACAUUGGUCUCAGAGCAACGCAUUUGGCGGGAACUCUGUCGCUUUCAUUUCAAACAGCAACAAAUCAAUUUAAUACUCGAUCUUAAUAAUUUUAAACUAAUGAACGAGGUUAAGGACUGGAAAAAGAUCUAUCACCAAUUGCGACGCACUUACGGUGUCAAUGACGACUAUCAAUUUGCCGAAGUGUUGAAACUAUGUCGUAUUUGUUCGUGUUUAUUCUGGCCAUCGGAGGGCCAUCCAUGUAUAGCCGAUCAAAUGCCUGACUAUAAGCAACGCUUGGAGGAUGCAGCUGGUGGUGGGCAAUUGGUUGUAGCACAGCCAGUACCACCAGCACAAUUUCUGAAAUAUUUCUCAUUGUAAAUAUGUAGCAUUGUAAGAUAAUACCUUAACUGAAGAAAGCAAAAUUGAACUAAU